GGUUAGGGUUUUAUUUUGAGAAAGCUGAAAUAUUUAAAGGAAAUAAUAUUUCACGAGAUCGUGCUGCUUAAUUCGUAAAAGAAAUUUGUGUGGGUUUUGAAUAGAAAAUAAAACAUAUAUUUAUAUUAUAUAAAACUUGUGAAAUAAUUAUUAACAUGAAAAAUCUAUAAAAUAAAACAUACGUAGGACAACUUAUAGUACAAAUUAAAAUAUAUGUACAUGCGUAUAUUUAUGUGCAACAUAUAUAGGCAUAUGUAAAGAAAAUGUCAUAAAUUUGGCAUAAUAUAAAAAAUUUAAGCUGAAAUCAAGACAUUGUAAGAAAAAAGUUUGGAUUUUACAUAAUUUCGUGACCAAAAGUGGAUAUACAUAUGUAGUUAAAUAUGGAAGGUAACAAUGAAAUGACAUCUGAGUGUAUGUUGGGGAGGAAUUACUAUUACCAAAAGAGGAUAAAUUUAGACCCAGAACGCUGUAAACUUAACAUGGAAAGGGCCAUUAAAAGGAAACAACGGGAGUCCCAAGUAAAUGUUGCAUGUGAUCAUUAUCGUGCCAAUGAUAAAUGUCAAAUAAGAAAUAUAUCAUACGAAGAACUUGAAGAAUUUCACGAUCGUUAUUGGAAUUGUCCUGGCACUGUAAAUAAACGUAUAUUUAUGGCUACAUAUUUGGCAGUCGAUCCAACUGAUAAUGAUUGUAAAAAAGAUAUUUACAUAACAUGUUAUUGCCCCAGAAAUGAUGGUACUUUGGAUGUGAUAUGCCAGAAAUCAUUUAUAUCGGUUCUAGGAGUUAGUAAGCAUAAAGUUUUAGGAAUUGGCCAUGCAAAGCUUAUAAAUGGUGAAUAUUUAUAUAAAGAAAAAAGAGGUGGUAAUCGCUGGAAACCAUGUUCUAUAAAUGACGAUAAAAAUAAAAAUAUUAGUGAUAGUGGAAUGAAUUAUUCAAAUGAAAAUUCACAAAACUAUUCAAAUCUGAUAAAUGAAAAUGAUAGUACUAUGGGAAGCUAUAUAUCUGAGAACGGAGUUUCAAAUAUCAAUAGAAAACGAUCAAACUUUAUUGCUAACGAAGACAAUAACGAAAGUAACAAGUCUUUUGAGUCGAAUAGAAAGGCUCAACCUGCGCAAAGGUCUAAACUUGAAAAUGAUGAAGGAACAAAUGAAAACGAUAACGCAAUUUUCGAACCUCAAGUGAAAAAUCUUAAAAGGGAAUCUUCUUACGUAGCUGGAGAUAAUGACGAGGAAAAUGAGUCGGUAAAUAUAUUUCAACCUGCUAUUGAUAUAAAAGAGAAAUCGCAUAAUGAAAAGGAGGCAACUGCUUCACAAACACAAUCCACCUUGAAAAAGCCCAGUUUGGAUUCUUCAGCUGCACGUGAUAAUUCUGAGGCAGAUGGUUUGCCAUCUCCCAUUCUUCGGAAACAAUCUGUUUAUGAAUCAGUAGAAGAAAGAAUGGCAGCUAGAGAAAAAGCUCGAGCAAUUUUAGAAAAUUUUCACUGGCAGGCAAAUAGAAUGAAAAGACCACCUCAUUUUAACCAGCCAUAUAGUUUUCCUAAUCAAAUAAAUCGGCUCAAUCAGCUUGCUCACUCGAAUUGGCAAUCCAGAAAUUACCCUCCAAAUCUUACUGCUCAAAGGAAUUUUCCAACGUCAAGUUAUAUGGGACCCGAAAAUUGGCAAAGAACGCUUGAACGGAAUAUUCGUAGAAGACAACGUAUGCAAGAGGUGAAAAUUGAUUGUAAUCAUAAUUUGACAAGAUUUUGUAAAGUUAUAAGCGUAGCACAAGAAGAUCUAGUUAAUUUUCAUAAUAUGUAUUGGAAUUGUCAGGGAAUUGUUGAAGAAAGAAUAUUUCUUGCUCGGUACAUGGUGGUUACCCCGUGUAACCAUAGAAGAGAAAUGGCCAUUGCUACAAGAAUUCCUACAAGUGAUGGACAGCUAGUUGAAGUGUGCCAAAAAAGUUUUUUAUCUGUUGUAGGAAUUACAAAACAUAAAGUUCAGGCAGCUGCUAGAGCUAAACUCAAAGGUACACUGUUUAGAAAAGAUCAACGAGGUGGUUUUCAGAAACCUAGAUCACAAACUGAACAACCUUUGCGGACUUCACAGAACAUGCAGAUAUCUAAAGUGGAGGGUAGAUAUACAGAUGGAGAUCGUCCACGUAAAGGAUUCAAUGAAAGUGAAACAAUUGAAAUUGAGGAUUCUUCAGAAGAUGAUAGAGAAAAUAAUGGAGACAAUGAUAAUUCUUCAAAUCAUAACAUAAAUUUCGAGGAUUCUCAAACUGGAAAUGGCGAGGAUGAUGACGACGAUGAUUCUCAUAUAAUAUCAGCGGAAGAUGCCUUUGCAAACGGAAAAUUGAAUUACUAUGAAUUCCGUAAAAAUAUCCGAAAGACUCGAACAAAUGAAAUGUAUGAGGCGCAACUGACACGAAUGAAAACAGAGUUAAAUUUUUACAAACGUAGAACCAGAAAAUUAUAUUUGGAUCGAAGGAAUUAUAUUACAAAGUUGGCAAAGUUACGUAUGGAAAAUAUAAAAAUUAGAAAACAAUUGAAUAACUCCCAAAAAAUUUCAAAUGAAAAAAAAAUAGAUGUCACUUCAGUACAAAUUGAAACGAAUGUUAAUAAGGAAAAUAAUGAACAAAUGAAUGGAGCUGGAAGAACUGAUUUCGUCGAACACAAUUCAAACAUACAAAAUAGCCAUCCCAAAGAAAAUUUAGUAACAAAUGAAUGCGACAGAAUUAUAAUUCCAAAUUUCGGAUCUAAUUACGAUAAUUAUGAAGAGGAGGAGACUAUUUUAAAAAAAAUUUCUGAAACUUACCAAAAUUUUGAUUGUACGCCGAGUUUACUUGAAAAAAUUGCAAGAAUAGAUGAACCUAUGCAAAGUGAAAAUAGCUAAAACUUUUUAAUAAUUAUUUAGUUGAAAUGAAUAUACAAUAUGUUAGUAUUCAACAAAACGAUGAAAAGCUAAUAAAUUUAAGUCUUACUAAUUACUUACAGUUCUUUAUUCUUCAAUAUUUCGUAUUCCAAUAGCUGGUUACGACAUCACAUUAAGAUUAAGAAAAAUACAGUAUUAUGCAGGGUGUAUAAGAUAAAAAUUUUAUAUUGUUCAUUAAAAGUGCAUAAUUUAAAUUCCAAAAAAUUAUGUUUUAUAUAUACACAAACAUCUUAACUCGAAAUUUAUAUUUCCUUAUAUUUGAUGUAAAUUUAAUAACUUACAUAAAAUAAUCAAUGUCAGAAAAUUAUAUGUAUCUUUAUCUGGAAAGUAGAAGUCGAUACAUUCUAACAUACAUAUUGUACAUAUUUAUUUCAAUAAUAGUUAAAAAAAAAGAAAUUUUAAGUGUUGGUUAUAAAGUAUGUUACAAAUUCGUUU